CUGUUUACAGGUGGAGGUAGAAGAAGAGAGUUCGUCGUAGACGUUUGACAACUCUUGUGAACUCUUGGACUCUGCACUGUGCAUACAAGUCGCCCGGCCAUUUUAACAGCGAAUUAUUUUUGCAUCUUGUCUAUCAACAAGCAGAAUAUUUCGUUGUCAGCACGAUGGCGGUAGUUUAUCGCAGCUGGAAAGCAUUGACACAGAAUGCGAUUCUUACAAGAAGUGUAUCCAAUUCUCUCCGAUUAUAUUCACAAAAGCCACCUGCACCUGUAGUACCCUUGGUGAACGUCGAAGUUGAUGACAAAUCAGGAGUUGCUGUUGUUACUCUGAAUCGACCACCUGUAAACAGCUUGAACACUCCACUUCUCACUGAACUAGGAGCAGCCAUUAAAAAUCUUGAGGACAACAAAUCAAGAGGAAUGAUUUUAACUUCAUCUUCCGAUACAGUCUUCAGUGCAGGACUUGAUAUCUUGGAGAUGUACAACACUCCGAAGGAUCAGCUUUCGGCAUUUUGGACCACUUUGCAGAGCACGUGGCUCUCUCUCUACAGAUCAUCCUUCCCAACUGUUGCUGCUAUCAAUGGUCACUCUCCAGCUGGGGGAUGUCUCUUAGCACUUUCAUGCGAGUACAGAGUUAUGGUGGGACCAAAAUUCUCGAUUGGAUUAAAUGAAACUCAACUUGGAAUAGUUGCACCACCAUGGUUUGUUAUCUGCAUGCGAGAUGUCAUUGGCCAUAGACAAACUGAAUUGGCACUCACAACGGGUCGCCUCUUUUCUGCACCAGAGGCCUUGAAAAUUGGUUUGAUAGAUUCAAUGGUUUCAAACAAAGCUGAAGCAAUGGCAGAAGCUCAAAAGUUCAUUACUCAAUUUGCUAAAAUUCCCCCACUGGCAAGGAAAUUAACAAAAGAAUCAGUGCGUGGUGAAGGCAUAAGAUACAUGGAAGACAAUAUGAUUGAUGAUUUGCAAAUAUUUAUGGAUUUGGUGACCCAACCUAAAAUUCAAAAAGGUCUAGAAAUGUACCUCGCUACUUUGAAGAAAAAGUGAAUGGAAUUAAUGGAUGAGAAAUUCAGUACGCUGGCUAUGUGAUUUAUAACCUUAUGUAUUUUUGUAUCGAUUGAUCAAUAAAAAACAUGAACAAGUAAAAAUAAUAA